CUCAAGAAAACCUUCUUAUCCUCCACCGCAGGAUUAUAUCGAGGUCGUCGUCGUUUGCUCCCUAUAUAAUUUUGCUGAUCUAAUAACAAGCAUCAACUUGCUUCUCUCAAACCUCUCCCAAAUACCGGUUUAGUUCUUUACAAUUUCAGUUCACUCAAGGUUAAUUUCUCAAUACGAUCUCUCCUUCAUAAUAUAUUCUCCAAUGGAAAAGGAUCAAUCAAUUACCGUGAAAGACACUGUUUAUCGGUUGCAACUUUCCCUUCUUGAAGGCAUAAAAAAUGAAGACCAACUAUUUGCAGCUGGAUCUUUGAUGUCUCUUAGUGACUAUGAAGAUGUUGUUAUUGAGCGGUCAAUUGCAAAUCUAUGUGGUUAUCCGCUUUGCAAAAAUUUUCUGCCAUUAGAUCGUUCUCACAAGGGUCGAUAUCGCAUUUCCUUGAAGGAGCAUAAGGUUUAUGAUCAACAUGAGACAUAUAUGUAUUGCUCUUCCAGUUGUGUUGUUAAUAGUCGAGCUUUUGCAGGGAGCUUGCAAAAGGAGAGAUGUUCUGUUCUAAAUCCAAUGAAACUUAAUGAGAUUCUAAAGAUGUUUGAUAGUUUGGGUUUAGAUUCUGAAGAUUUGGGGGAAAAUGGGGACUUAGGGCUGUCUAAAUUGAAGAUUCAGGAGAAGAUGGAAACCAAUGUGGGGGAGGUGCCUUUGGAAGAGUGGAUUGGUCCAUCAAAUUCAAUUGAAGGCUAUGUUCCACAGAGAGAUCACGAUUCCAUACAUUCACCAUCAAAAAAUAAUCGCAAAGAAGGAUCAAAAGCCAAGUGUACCAAACCAGUUAAUAAACAAGAUUGUUUCUUUGAUGACAUGAACUUUAUGAGCACUAUAAUUACUGAAGAUGAGUACAGCAUUUCAAAAGCUCCCUCUGGUUCAACAAGCACCGCCUUUACCACGAAAUUACAAGAGCAAAGAGGGAAAGAAUUUCAUAAAGGCUUAAAGUUUCAAUCAUCUUCACCAGGAAAGCAUGACUUCAAUAAGACAUCAAGAAAUUCAAAAGGGGUGGGGAGAAAAAAGGUCACAAAAGAUGAGCUUAAUGGUCAAGGCCUGUCUACUUCAAAUUCUUCUCAGAUCAGUUCAAAUGCAAGUAAUGCUGAAGUUGAAGGAAAAUCUAAAACUAAGAAAUCAGCUAAUUUGAGUGAAUCCAUGCUCAAACCCUCUCUUAAAUCUUUUGGUGCAAAGAAAUCUAAUUGCACUGUUACUUGGGCUGAUGAGAAAGUUGAUGCUGGAAGUAGAGAUCUUUGUGAGUUCAGGGAAAUGGGAGAUACAAAGGCAGUUCUUGGUAUUCCAGACAGUAUGGACGGGGGACAUGAUGGUAACAUGUUACGAUUUGAAUCAGCUGAAGCGUGUGCAAUAGCAAUAAGCCAGGCAGCAGAAGCUAUUGCGUCCGGAGAUGCUGAUGUUACUGAUGCCAUGUCUGAAGCUGGAGUCAUCAUAUUACCACAUCCACAUGAUAUAGAGAGUGUUGGCAUGCUUGAACAAGAAUCUGCUUCUCUUAAGUGGCCAACAAGGCCAGGGAUUCCACAUUCAGAUUUGUUUGACCCUGAGGAUUCAUGGUAUGAUGCUCCACCAGAAGGAUUCAGUUUGUCGUUAUCCCCUUUUGCGACAAUGUGGAUGGCACUCUUUGCAUGGGUAACUUCAUCUUCUUUGGCUUAUGUAUAUGGGAGAGACGAUGAAAGUUCCCAUGAAGAUUAUUUAUCUGUUAAUGGAAGGGAGUACCCUCGAAAGGUUGUCUUGAGAGAUGGCCGUUCUUCUGAAAUCAAGCUUACUGUUGAGGGUUGUCUUGCUCGGGCUUUACCUGGACUUGUUGCUGAUCUUAGGUUGCCGAUACCAAUAUCUACACUGGAGCAAGGAGUGGGGCGCUUGUUGGACACAAUGUCCUUUUAUGAUGCAAUUCCUGCAUUCAGAAUGAAACAAUGGCAAGUCAUAGCAUUUCUCUUGGUUGAGGCUCUAUCUGUAUGUAGGAUUCCAGCACUCACUUCAUACAUGACUAAUAGGAGGAUGAUGCUUCACCAGCUCCGGCGGUGGCUGCUUCUCUGCGAUCACGGUCACAGAUAUGCAACUGGAAUCUCAAUAUUGGCUGUCAGCACUGGUGGUGGAACAUACUCUUCUUCUUCCUUGGGAAUACCAAGGGUGACCAGAUCAGGCAAAGUUGUCAUUGGACCCACCUUGCCGUUAGGAUCCCAGUCAAGCAUGAUCUUGACCUAGACCUUGAUACAAAGCAUACCACUCUCCAUUAUUAAUCUCAAGACAUCAUAGCAAGGCCUCUGAACCGCAAGGCCUCCAAGGAGUUUGUAACGCAUAGACUUGGCCUUUGCAAUUGCACUGAGGCCUCUAUUGUUAACUUGCGCAGUCUAGUGAUCAAUUGGAUAUCAAGGCUUGGACUGAGACCAACUUGUCCCGGAAAAACGAGUGUGUUUAUGGCCUGCCUUGGAGCAUCCUUUUUGGUGUUGCUUGUUGGACAUUCUGGAAGUGAUGUAACGCCAUUAUCUUCUCUAAUGAUGACUGCUUUCGUGGAAAUAUCUGAGUCUAUUUUUAAUACAGCUAAGUAAUUUUCUAUAGUUGCCUGCAAGGUGCAAUUAGGAAGAAGACCUGUAAUUCAAUGACGAGCGAUUAUUAGCUGGUCUGUCCCUCCUGAAGGCUUUAUGAAACUAAAUUCUGAUGGGGCAUGCAGGAAUGAUGCGGGUGAUGCUUCUGCUGAUGGUUUACUAAGAAAUAGUCGAGGCUCUUGGGGCAAGGGUUUUGUGAAUGUGGGGAAGUAAAAAAAAAAAAGGUUUGUUAAUGGGAUAUAUAUAUAUUUUAUGUGGGACCCACUUAUCACAAUGAAAAAAUAUUUUUAAUUAAAUAUUCAAUUUAAUGCCAA